GCUGCUUCUCAUCUUCUUUAAAUAGACAAGUUUGGAGACCGACAAGACACACAUAGCAGAAGAAACACAUAAUUGGUAGCACAGAUCAUAUCGUGACAGAGAGAGAGAGAGAGAGAGAAGUGGGCCAGAGGAGGUUUCGGGUAAUUCUCUUGCUAGAUAAUCUAUAUAGCCAUGGGAGACGUCGAUCCAGCCUUCAUUCAAGACCCUGAAUUCAGGCCAAAACUUGAAGUCAUCAAUGAAGCUGAAGGAAUCCCAGUAAUCAAUCUAUCCGAUGACUCCAAACAACUUGUGUUAGAGAUUGGGGAUGCUUGCAAGAAAUGGGGUUUCUUUCAAGUUAUCAAUCAUGGUGUGCCACUGGAAUUACGUCACAGAAUGGAGAAGUUGUCCAAAGAAUUCUUCCACCAGCCUUUGGAAGAGAAGAGGAAGGUAAAGCGAGACGAUGUUUGUCCGUUGGGCUACCAUGACAGUGAGCACACUAUAAAUGUUAGGGAUUGGAAGGAGCUCUUUGAUUUCUUAGUAGAUGAUCAAACUGUGGUUCCAGUCUCCUCUGAACCAGAUGAUCAUGAGGUGAGGACCUUGAUUAAUCAGUGGCCAGAAUCCCCUCCUGGUUUCAGGGAGGCGUGCAAAGAGUAUGCUAGAGAAGUGGAGAAAUUAGGACACAAGGUGAUGGAGCUCAUAUGUUUGAGCUUGGGGUUGCCCGCGGACCGGUGUCGUGGCUACUUCACAGACCAAACCAGUAUUUAUAGGCUGAAUUACUAUCCUCCAUGCCCUGUUCCAAACCUAGGUUUUGGUGUUCAACCACACAAGGAUGCCAGUUUCUUCACUGUUCUCACUCCAGAUUAUACGGUGGAAGGCCUAGAAGUUAAGCGCAAAACCGACGAGCAAUGGGUUCGAGUCCAACCAAUCCCAGAUGCUUUCAUCAUCAAUCUUGGUGAUAUUUUUCAGGUUUUGAGCAAUGAUGCAUAUGAGAGUAUAAUGCAUAGGGUGGUGUUGAACCCUGUGAAGGAAAGACUUUCAAUGCUACUCUUCUUCUUCCCUUCCCACUAUGUCUCAGUGAAGCCAUUUGAUGAGCUAGUCAAUGAGCUAAAUCCUGCCAAGUAUAAGGCCCACAAUUGGGGAAAGUUUUUUGCUGCCAGAAACCUCAGUAACUUCAAGAAGCUCCCCAGGGAAAAUCUCGUAAUCCAGCAUUACAAAGUAUCACAGUAAACUGUUGAUGUAUGUACUAUGAAAGGCGGCCUCUUCUAGUUUGCAUGCAUGUCUGUAGUAUGUAUUGUUGGUUUGUUUUAAUUGUAUUACUUGCUUUAUUAUAUUUGGGUGGCUGUAAUGCUUUGUCCGGUUCUUGUUCCUAAGCUGUAAUGCCUUAUGUUAUAAGCUCUGUAACUUUGUUCUAUGGUGUAAUAAACGAGCUACCUUUCAGUUCUUUA